AUGACGAGUCGUCGUCCGCCUCCCCCCUAUUCCUCGAGCGCCGUCGACCUGUCUCGUCCCAGCGACACGCACUCGCCUACAUCUGCAGCGGCACGUCGUCCCUUCUUCCCUACGUACACCACACUCGCCGCCCGCGACUCACCGCGCUCGAAAGUGUGGACCUAUUGGGACGAGAGUGUUGGUCACGGCGGGCGUCGCCUCGCCGCAACGCUCCGCCGCCAGUGGCGUGCGCCCUGUCGCAAAUCGACCACCGAAACGGUCGGGUUGUCCCGUUUAUGCACGGCGGCAACUUCAACCUGCACGUACUACAGGCGCCACGUCGGCACGUGCCAGCGCGAAGUCCUCUGUGGCGUCGCGGCUAUGCUCCUGAUGAUGCCCGAGACGGUCGCGUUCAGCUACGCGGCCAACGUCGACCCCGUGCACGGCCUGUACGCCACGGGCCUCCUCGGCCUCACUGUGAGUCUGCUGGGCGGCGUACCGGCGACGGUGGCCGGGGCCGCGGGCGCGAUUGCAAUGGUCCUGCCCGCCAUCACGAGCAGCUCGGGCGCUUUGGGCCACUUGACGCCCGACGAGCGGCGCGAGCACUUGUUCGUCGCCGUGACGCUCGCGGGCGUCUUGGAGCUCGGCUUUGGCCUCGCGGGCCUCUCGACGCUCUUUGCGAUGAUCCCGCGCACGGCUCACAUUGGCUUCCUCAACGGCCUCGCCGUCAUGAUGUUCCUGUCGCAAAAGACUACGAUCCAAACGUGCGCGCACGACGACGGCUCGAGCUUUGGCGCGUGUGAAGUUGCAGGGGACCUCAAGUGGAUGGCCGCCGCGUCUCCCACGACGUGGGUCACGAUCGGACUCGUGCUGCUGACCAUGGCGAUCAUGCACUACUUCCCCAAAGUGCCGUAUCUGGGCCCUCGCGUCCCGCCCACGCUCGUUGCAGCAGUAGUGGGCGUCGGCUUCGAGUUUGGCCUCAAUCGGCCGCUGCUCGGGUACGACGUGCGGACGAUUGGGGACACGUCGCCGCUCAGCGGUGGGCUACCGCCCUUUGCGCUGCCUGCGUUCCAAGACGUGCAGGACUGGGGCGUUGUGCUCUCGACAGCAGCGAGUGUCAUGGCCGUCGGACUGUUUGAGUCCCUCAUGACGCUGCAGUCUGUCGUGGAUCUGAAGAAGGAGCAGCUGUCGCAAAAAGCUACGCGCAAAGAGUGUAUUGCACAGGGCAUUGGCAACAUUUUGUGUGGCUUCUUCUCGGGCAUGGGAGGCUGCUCCAUGAUCGCGCAGUCCAAUGGAAACGUGCUCAACGGCGGUCGGUAUCGUCUCUCGGCGUUCGUGGGCGGCGUGUCGACUUUCCUGGUCGUGCUGUUUGCAAGUUCGGUGAUUGAGCACGUGCCCGUCGCUUGUCUUACGGGUAUCCUCUUCGUGAUCGUCAUCCACACGUUCUACUGGCCAUCGCUGAUGCUCAUCUUCCGCGCCAAGAUCGAAGACACGAUCGCCAUUGUCCUCGUGACUGUGCUAGCUGCGGCGACGAACCUCGCCAUUGCAGUCAUCGCUGGCGUGAUCUGGCAGUGCCUCGUCAAUAGCUGGCAGAGCGGCCGCAAGCUCGCGUUUCACACUGACACGGAAGUUGUGUCGGUUGUCAGCACUUGCAUCGACAGCGAGCUGCGCACGCAUCAAGAAGUGGCCAAGCUGUACUACGUGACCGGCCCAUUUCUCUUCUCCUCCGUGGCUUCGUUUCGCGAGUUCUUUGACGUGCUGCAUGACCCGAACGUCGUUAUUGUGGACAUGCGCAACUCCACAUUGGGUGACUUUUCGGCUGUUGCAGCGCUGCGUGAAGCUGCUGUGCGCUAUCGAGAUGCUGGCAAGACGCUCGUAGCUCGCAAUCUCGAUGCGCAGUCGCUGGACCUGUUGGACCACGACGUUGGCUGGGCUUCUGUCGACUGCAUUCAAGUGGCAACACCUGGUGCUGUUGCUGCUGGCGAUGAGCUCGCGAAGAGCACGACCGACAAAGAACGCGCGUCUCAGACAUCGCUGCAUCAAUUGCACACUCCGUUACCAGGCGAGAGUACCGCCGCUUAUGGUCCUGCUGGGCCGUAG